UCGAUCCGCCAUCUGCGCCUCACGUGGGGCCGCCACCAAAAUGCAGAUUUUCGUGAAAACCCUUACGGGAAAAACCAUCACCCUCGAGGCUGAACCCUCGGAUACGAUAGAAAAUGUAAAGGCCAAGAUCCAGGAUAAGGAAGGAAUUCCUCCUGAUCAGCAAAGACUGAUCUUUGCUGGCAAGCAACUGGAAGAUGGAUGUACUUUGUCUGACUACAACAUUCAGAAGGAGUCUACUCUUCAUCUUGUGUUGAGACUUCGUGGUGGUGCUAAGAAAAGGAAGAAGAAGUCUUACACCACUCCCAAGAAGAAUAAGCACAAGAGAAAGAAGGUUAAGCUGGCUGUCCUGAAAUAUUACAAGGUGGAUGAGAAUGGCAAAAUUAGUCACCUUCGUCGAGAAUGCCCUUCUGAUGAAUGUGGUGCUGGAGUGUUUAUGGCAAGCCACUUUGACAGACAUUAUUGUGGCAAAUGUUGUCUGACUUACUGCUUUAACAAACCAGAAGACAAAUAACCGAGUUAAUAAAAGACAUGAACUAACAAAAAAAAAAAAAAAAA